GUUCGUUGUUGUCGUCGUAGUUUGAGUUUGAAGUUCUCGCCUCAAACUCUCGCAUCAGCAUCAUCGCCGGCCAGAGAGCCGGAGAUAUUAUAACGGGGAGUCUCAGAACCGUCUGCUGUUGUUAUCGCGCCACGCGUUUCGCGUUUCACGCCGCUUCUUUGAUAAGCAGACCGCUGCGAGUUUUUAGCGUCGGCGAACCACAAGAAUUCAAUUAACAAAUCAAACGUAUGACAACAAAAAGUUUUAACAAAUUACUAAGCCCAGUGAACAAUUUUCAAAAUUUCAUAUGUGCUAAUCAAUAAAAAGUGUUGCAAACGCAAAACGAGUGCGUAGCUAUAUUCAUCAUACUCAUACUCACACUCACACUCAUACUCGUAUUCGUAUUCGCACUUAUGCAAUUAAUUUGCAUGCAUUUGGUGGCAUCGGUUGGACGCUUGACAAACUGAUUGUCAAGUUGUCACAAAAAAGAAAGAAAGAAGAAAACAUUACGCAUCCAGCGUCCAGCAACAAGUGAUUUAUCAUCGAUCUAUCGCCAAAAAGCUGGCUGAAGAAUUUUGUGCAAAAGACUUGGAUUAAAAAUCGCCAAAAUUGUGGAGGCAAUUAAAAUGAAGACUGAGCUGCGUUCCUGCGCAGCGUGCGGCGAGCCAAUCUCGGAUCGAUUCUUCCUCGAGGUUGGCGGCUGCUCGUGGCACGCCCAUUGCCUCAGAUGUUGCAUGUGCAUGUGCCCGCUGGAUCGUCAACAGUCGUGCUUCAUCCGGGAACGUCAGGUCUACUGCAAGGCCGAUUACAGCAAAAAUUUCGGCGCCAAGUGCUCGAAGUGCUGUCGCGGCAUCUCCGCCUCGGAUUGGGUGCGACGUGCCCGAGAUUUGGUAUUCCAUUUGGCCUGCUUUGCCUGCGAUCAAUGCGGUCGCCAGUUGUCCACUGGCGAGCAAUUUGCGCUCAUGGAUGACCGUGUGCUCUGCAAGGCUCAUUAUCUUGAAACGGUCGAGGGUGGCACCACAUCAAGUGACGAUGGCUGUGAUGGUGAUGGUUAUCACAAGAGUAAAACGAAACGCGUACGCACCACAUUCACCGAGGAGCAAUUGCAAGUGCUGCAGGCCAACUUUCAGAUUGACAGUAAUCCGGAUGGCCAGGAUUUGGAGCGCAUUGCCUCAGUAACUGGUCUGAGCAAGCGUGUGACGCAAGUUUGGUUUCAGAAUUCGCGUGCGCGUCAAAAAAAACACAUACAUGCUGGUAAGAAUAAAAUACGCGAACCGGAAGGAAGCUCAUUUGCGCGUCAUAUUAACCUGCAGUUAACGUACUCAUUUCAGAAUAACGCACAGAAUCCCAUGCAUAUGAAUGGCACCAAGGGAGCCCUCUAUCCAGCGCAUGAAUCCAUGGAUGAGCUGUCGCAGGACUCGAGCGUCCAUUGUAUGCCCAGUGAGGUGUGACUGGAGCAGUCCUCGCCAGCGCGUGCUCAUCGCUAGCACUCGAUGAUGAUCUACAUCAUCGGCUAGCAUGACAAUUCGCAGCUGUCGUCGCAAGAGCAAAAAGCAAACAAAACAAAACAAAACAAAAAAACAAGCAAAACACGUCCUUUCCUAGUCAAAAUUUUAUGUAAAGCGUCGUCGCUCAUAUGAAAUGCAAAACAAAAACAAAAAAUACAAAAAAAAAAACAAA